AUGUGGAUGCUGAAGGCCUUGUCGCUCUUGGCGGUGGCCCAGGCACAGAUUGAGCCCACGCAGACAAUGCUGCGCAAGGCGGUGCUGCAGAAGGCGACCUCCCUUCUCAACAGCACCGUGGAUGACACGCUGAGCUGUGUCAGCAGCUGCCCGCUGGACGGAUCCAGUUUGAGCCCAAGCCCACUUUGCCUCCUGAGCAACUGCACUUCGACUUUGGCCAAGUGCUUGUUCUCAUCGACCUGCCGCAGCGGUCUCAUGUGUGAGUUACACUGCACAGAGCCGCUCGCCAAGACCGAAGAUGGCUUGCACUUCGCGACUCUCAUGGAGUGCGUGCGGGUGAAAUGCCCAGGCUUCCCACCCAGCAAAAGCUGCGUGGCUCUCCAUUGCAUCGAGGAGGCGGCCGAGUGUGGGAUUCACAGCAAGUGCCGUCACGGCCUCGAAUGUGCGAAUGGCUGUGUCCCAGCGAAGUAUUCGGCUGCCCUGGAGCUCGUCAAGGAGAACACCGCCGUGGCCGUUUGA